CGUGCGACACAAGAUAACAGAGCAAGCUGCACACAGUGUACGCGUCAUUAUUUUUGGGGAUUUAACUAUCUUCAUACAGAUUGGAUAAACAGUUUUACUGAGAGCCGAGGGGAUGACAAUCCGGAAUGUUCUGCAGGAUAAUUACCUGGGAUAAUGCACAGAAGAUCCGGCUGGAGACAAGGCUCCGAUCUUAUAACAGCCGCACUGCUACAGGCAACGCUGUGUUCUUAAAUAAACCAACCAGGGAGCACAGAUAUACAGAUGUUCUAUGCCGUUUAUUCCUACGAGGAUCUAAGGAGUCUAAUCCUUCUGUAUGUCCUAGAACAAAGGAAAAAGAGAAAGAAAUACAAAAAGAAAAAAAACUGAAAAACCAUAAUCCAGCCCGAACACAGAGGAACCGAUCAUCACGGCGCAGCCAUAAGGAAACCAGGAGCCUCUCCGGCACUUGUUGGGAAACCGUGCGACGAUCCCGGGCAGCAGAGACGUUCCGGAGCGACGGGGACAUCCCGGGGACACGGCGACAGCGAUGGACAGCGACAGCCAGGGCAGCGGUGAUGAGCGGUGACGGUCCGGAGCGGCGGGGACAGUAUCUUCGUAUCGGUGGGGAUCUCCUGAACACAGACUCCCGGGCGGCUGCAACAUUUCUACAGACUUCAAUAGGUGGUUGUGUCUGGCACACAACCCCCAAAGACUGGCAUGAGGAGACCCUGAAUCAUCCCCACCUGGUCUCACAAGGAAUUUGCUUGGCCAGAGAGGGAACUCAACGUAGGGUUGGAUCCACUCCUAGACCAUAUCCCAAUUAUCGCACAAAAUGUUGAAAAAGACCUACAGACUGAGAUGUUUUGAUGACCUUCCACGCACAAGAAAAAGAUUUUACCUUCUAUUGAAACUCCCACCGAUCUUACGAAAGGUUGGAUUGCAUGCUCCUACAGUCACAAUAACUUUCCUUAGUCUCAUGUGAUGUCCGAGUAAAUGACAUGGUCAUGUACUGCCCUUAGGCCCUGUCAGGUUGAGUCCCUCAAUGACCUGGGGGCUCCCCUGCAAGGUCUCCCCCUGUUGUUUCCAUAAUGUUGUGUAUAUCACUUUAAUGCCUGGACAGUAUCCUUAUGUAUAGAUAGUACAGAGGACCUGUGGGAGGUCUCGAGGACCUGUUCAAGUCUGUCACAUGUUAUGCAGUCUCAUGAUUUGCUGUCACAUGUUCUCCCAGAGAGCACCAGCUUAACCUAUGACCCGCAGUUUGACCAAUGGGCUUUAGUCCAGCCCCCACUAUAUAAAGGGGUGGCCAUUACAAUUCACUCUCUUUGAGAUUCCAUCUGCUACUGAGCACAGCAACCACCAGAGAUCUCAGUGCUAGUGACCAGCAUCUGGAAAACCCCAAAAGCUACAGU